AUGACGGUUGGACGAAGAGACUUGCAAAAGUUUCUUGGCCGCAAGAACUUCAAGGGCUACUACACCAAGAACCCCCUGGCAACUACGCCUGCGUAUGCCAAGUUCAAUAACCGUAGCAGCUACCUGCCUGCGUGGCCUAUCAAAAGCUGGCACCGUCAGGGAAAGCGGUUGGUCGACUGGCCCCAAGUUUUCGCUGCAACCAACUGCGAGCCGACAAACCAGCCGUUUGCUGAAAACAAGUACACGCGAUCCAACCGCCUGAUUGGCGCGGAUCUCAAGGCCGCGUUAUUGGCCGAGCUCUCGAAAGGAGCUACCUCGCAGCAGCUUUCUUUCAAGUACGGUAUCGCUGUGCCCCGAGUUGAGGCUGUGAUUCGACUUAAUGAGGUCCACCAGGAUCUUGAAUCAAAGAACGCAAUCACAACCGAGAUGAAGAAAAUGGCCCGCCACAUGCGAGCCAUGUUUGAUGAGAUCCGUACCGACCAGAACGGUGUGCCCGAGCGGCCCGUCGACGAUCUGACGGAAAUUCCUAUCCCCAAAGAAGUCCAGACCCAGCGGUUCCAGUCUAUUGCCGAGAGCGAGCCCUUUGGGCCUGUUGAUGCUGCAAAGAUUCUCGGUAUCGAGCCUGCCGCCGUGACCCUGGAAAAACUGACCCAGGAGGGCGAUCACCACGCCGAGGGAUCAACCAAGAAAGAAGUGUCUUUCAUUGCUCCACAGCUAGAGGGCGAGCGCUCACUGUUCAGAUUCACAGAUGCCAAGGUCGGUAACGUCGGUUACCGCUAUGGUGCCAGCCGUGACGACCGUAAACAUGCUCGUCGGGUACGUUUCUUGCCCAACGGACACAUGACCUACCCUCUGCCCGAGCACUCAUAA